AUGGCAGGCCGACGUUCACCUCCUCUUGCGUUCAUCGCUCCUCCUACCUUACCCUCCUUUUCGUCGGGUACCUUUGCUCUCCAGCAGGUCCCGCCGAACAAGCUUAAGCGGGGUGAUAGUGGCCAUGAUGGUGCGCCCCCGUUCGAAACACCAUUUAGCUCAUCCACAGACACAGUUUCUCAAGCAUUAGCAUCAUUGCAUGAAAAGUAUCACAACCUCCUGUCCCACGAACGCCAAGGAAAGGACCUUGAAAGGUCAAUAUGGGAAUCGGAGAGAUUGCUUUUUAUUCAAAGGAUCGCGGAGCUCGAGGGCACCGUGAGAGAGUUACAGGGUCAGCUGGAUAUCAAACCUCGCCCAGAAGAUCAGCCAGCAGCAGCGGCAGCGCUUGUGGUAAAUGCAGCGCCAGCAGAAUCACAAUCAAAUGAAGACAUGAUGGCCACUACGAAAGAUCUGCCUGACGGGCUGGUUGACGUUGCGGCUCCCCGCAUCGACGUUGAAUCGAAGGGCGGGAAGAUUGUCGAGCAGGUGAUUGAGAUGCCGUCCAACACAUCCGUGGCCCACGAAGAAUCGCCUCUUGACUAUGAAGCGAAUCGUGCGGACACACCUGGCCUCUCCGAAUAUCCGUACCCGAAGACCCCGAAGUCGGUCAAGGGCGACGUGGAGCCCGAUGAGUCGGAGAUCGUGAAUCUUCUUGACCAGGCCGGGAGAAUCCUCGGGAAGGCAAUAUAUCAAUCAAAUGCGGUCAGGAAUACCAAACAAAUAUACCCACAAAUUGCCAGGUGUCUUCUUUAG